UAAUUUCCUUCUCUUGCGCCGCCAAGCAUCAAACUACUUAACAUAUUAUAUUUAUUCUCAGCUUGAGAGUAUCUAUCCCUCCGUGAGAUGGGAGAGGAGGAGACACCUGAGGAAGUAGGAGUAGGCCAACCUAUUUUCUCAAGAAUUCAUUUUGGUGGAAUGAUGAUUGGAUUAUCUGAUCGAUUUGGAAAGCAUCUUAUCUAGCAAUCACAGUUGUCGGAAUGGGCGGUAUUGGAAAAUUUACCUGUCGGUAAAACUACUCUUGCUAUGCAAAUCCAUAGCAUAAGCUUGCAUCCUUCCGUUGUCGUGGCAAACAUAUGUACGCAUAAUUUCAAGCAGAUAGUUGACCCGAAUGGAUUCAGUCAGAAAACUCUAAACAAGGAAUACAUUAACAUGUAUUGGGCUGAAUUUAAGAUCCGCUGCUCUCGGCUCUCCUCUCCCUCUAACCCUAAAUCCCUCCACCAACUCCAUCGUCCUCCGUCGCCGGUUGCCCCUCCAGCCGUCGCCUGUCGCCCCUCGCUCCUCCAGCUCCUAUCGGCCCUUCACACCGUCGUCUCCACUCUCCACAGCUCCGACUCCAGAUUUCAGAUUUAGUAAGUAAAAGGCAGACGGUUUUUCUCCACUCUACAACAUAGAUUAUUCAGCAUCAAGUUGUAAUAUGUUGUGUGAUGAAAGGGAAGCGGUUGGAGAUACCAUCGAAAAUAAUGUAGCUGAAGAUAUUCCAUCUGAGGAUCCUCAAGACAAAGGAGAGGCAAAAAAGAGGAAAACUAUGGAGAAAAGAUCAGAGGUUUGGGAUCAUUUUACUCCAUUCUUAGAUAACAAUAAGAAACAGAGAGCUAAGUGUGCAUUGUGCGAAAACAUUGUGUGGAGAAUCUAAGAAUGGCACUUCUUCACUUGAAGUACAUUUGAGUAAAUGCAAUAAAAUUUCAACUACAGGUCCUAGGCCAACACGGUUGGUGUUACAAUCUGGUCAAAGCUCUUCACUUAGUAGUUAGAAUUUUGAGCAAGAAGAGCUUAGGAAAGCUUUAGCUUAUAUGGUCAGUGUGGAUGAGUUGCCUUUUAAGUUUGUUGAAGGGGAGGGUUUUAAAUACUUUUGUUUGAAGUCAUGUCCUCAGUUUAAGAUUUCAUCUAGAUGGUCAGUUUCACGUGAUUGUUUUAAGUUCUAUGAAGAUGAAAAAAAAUUCCUCAUGACAUUGCUUAAAUCGGCCAACCAAAGAGUGUGUCUUACCAGAGAUACAUGGACUUCUUGUCAAAAGGUGAACUACAUGUGUUUGACUGCUCACUAUAUUGAUAAUGAUUGGAAAUUGAACAAAAAAAUUAUUAAUUUUUGUCCAAUUUCUAGUCAUAAAGGUAUAGAUAUUGGUUUGGAAAUUGAGAAGUGCUUGCAUGAUUGGGGAAUCAAUAGGGUGUUAACGAUUACCGUUGAUAAUGCUUCUUCGAAUAAUACUGCAUUGGUUUAUUUGAAAAGAACUAUUAGGCAAUGGGGGGAAAGUGUAGGAAAUUGUGACUAUAUGCAUAUGAGGUGCAUUGCUCAUAUAUUCAAUUUAGUGGUGCAAAAAGGCUUGAAAGAGAUUGGGCCUUCGGCGAAGAAAAUCAGAAAUGCAGUUCGGAUUAUUAGGCACUCAUCUACAAGGCUGGGCAAAUUUAAGGAGUGUUGUGAACUAGAAAAAAUAUCUAGUAAGAGCAUGUUGUGCUUAGAUGUUGCAACUCGAUGGAACUCAACAUUCUUCAUGUUAGAAGCUGCGACAACUUUUGAGAAAGCUUUCUAUAGAUAUGAGUUGAUAGACUCAUCAUAUAAAAAGGAUCUUGAAGUAAGGCAUAAGGAUCUUGAAGUUGAUGAUGAUGAGGAUGAGGAUGUGGAUGGAGAUAGAGUGCACGGGGUGCCAAAAGAGGAAGAUUGGAGGAAAGCAAAAUUAAUGUUGAAUUUCUUGAGGAUUUUUUAUGAGGCAACUAAUAGGAUUUCUGGAUCUUUAUAUGUUACCUCUAAUUUAUUUCUACAUGAGAUUUACAAAGUGCAUGCAUUGUUGAAGGCUUUCAUAGAGGGUGAUUUUGAAUUGAGUAUCAUGGCAAAGAAAAUGAAAGAAAAAAUUGACAAGUAUUGGGGGAAUCCUAGGAAGAUGAAUAAGCUCAUUUUCAUGGCUGCUGUUGUUGAUCCUCGAUACAAGUUGAAGUUGGUGAAACUUGUGUUGGCACAAAUGUACGAUGAGGAGUUGGCUAACUCAUUUGGAAAUGAAGUUGAGGCUGAAUUAGUUAACAUGUGUGGUGAUUACAAACAACCAAUCGUCCAACAAAAUGUAUGACAUGCAAAAUUGAAAUUGAAUGCUACACGUGAUGAUAAUGAUGUAUUGAAGAAUGCUAUGAAAAUGGUGGGUUCCUUGUAUGAGACUUUUCACAAAAGGCAUGAUGAAGUCACUGAUGUACAUAAAUAUCUUAAGGAGGAUAUUGAGAGUGGUGGGUCAAAAUUUGACCUUUUGGAUUGGUGGAAAAAUAAUGAAUAUAAAUAUCCUGUACUCUCCCAAUCUGUCCGUGAUAUUGUAGCAGUUCCUAUCUUCACUGUAGCAUCUGAGUCCGCUUUUAGCACCGGUGGCCGAGUUCUUGAUCCAUUUAGGAGCUCUUUAAGUCCUAAAGUUGCCGAGUAUCUUGUUCGUGGUCAAAAUUGUCUUCGCAAAUCUUCCAAAUUUAGUGUUGAAGAAAUUCUUGAAGAUGUCCAAAAGAUAGAAGGUAUUGCAUUGAUGUCUACUCAAGAUUCAACAAAUUAAUCAAUCUCCAUUAUUUGUUAAAACUUGCUUGCACUUGGACAAUAUUGAAGAUUUGUUGUGGAACUUUAUUUUGGAUUUAUUUUGAUGUAAUGUGUUGAAACUAUUGAAGACAUUUUGGUUGAUGUUUUUUAUUGUGGAAUGUUGAUUGCAUAUUUGUA